CAUUUUUGACGUUUGACUUUUGUGCGUGGUGCCAAGUUCUUGGGACCAAGUCAUUCGGAUAAAGCGUUGGUUGGUACUACCAUCUACGUCGGUACGUAUCAAGUUCGACGGGAGUCUCAUCUACGCCGGUACGUAUCAAGUUCGACAGGGGUAUUACCCCUGGAACUUCGAGUCCUUGCAAUCCGCACAAUCAUUCAAAUCACCAUACCCAUAUAUAAAGGAUUGACCGUUACUCGUGUUCAGCUCGGCAGAGGCCUGGAACUACAUUCGGCGACUACCGAUCGUUACUUUAAGUGCAAUUAUAUACAAAUAUAUUGUUAGUGUGCGAUUAUUAACAUACAUAUUGGUUUGAAACCCUGUAACGUGAUGGAUACGCAGACGGUUGAACAUGUUGUGACUUCUUUUGAUAACGAAUUCGGCAAAACGACCGCCCCUGUUGUCAUUCCGGAAAAAUUAUGGCGAAAAUUGUGUCGGCUCUCCCUAUUCUUUAAAUGUCUUUCUGGCUACAUUUUUAAUAUGGGAGAACAUUGGGGAAAAACCCACUUAGCAGACGGAAGGUUCAAAACUUACAAACGUCGUCAGUUCACAUUGAACCCUCCAAUACUGUUUACGCCCAGCCCCCCUGAUUUGGCCGACCGUAUAGGAAGGGCCCUUUAUCUAGCAGCAAACCCAGGACCACUGACCGAUGUCCCCGACUUGUUAGGUAUAGGAGCGGCCGUACUUUUAAUGUACGGUUUAUACUAUGACUUACGAAUGUUGACAGUAUUAGGUGUUCAGACGGCAAUCGAAGAAUUGGACAUGACUAUCCUUUUCCAAUUACAACAAUUACAGACGGACAUGGGUGCCGACCUACAGAGUUAUACAGAAAUAUUCUGGCAGUUAGCGGAUAUUCCUAGAUCAGUCAUCGGACGUACUCUGUCCAAACCAAUAACGCCAGAAGUACUAGGAAGUUUAACAAGGGGAAGGGACCAUCUCACUUGUAGUCAAUCGCAAUUGGCGUUACGGCAUGUCUUGACGCGAUGCGGCCUUUGUUAUAAAGACACAUUUCCGAUGAAUGAUCUGGGAACAAAUUUUCCAAUGGUAACUUUUUGCAAAUGGUGUCGCCGGAUACAACACGUGGAAUGUGCAGCCGCCCUGCUAAAACAGUCUGGCUUAACCUACCGCAUAGUGACACUUAACGCAGGAACACCAAAUGCCCGCCAGUAUAUAGAACUCGACUUCCCUACCAGCCACUAUUCGGAAGCAUUCGACGUGCAGCCAGGGUUUCUGGAAGGUCGUGUUUCUCCACCUUUAGACCUCAGAUUCAAUUUAGAUCAGUGUUCAGUCUGUAGGGUACCUUUUGGCUGUGAUUUCAUGGAGGUGCCGAGUGACAUUCCACCUAUAUUGUACAAAAAUCCGGCCUUCACACCGCCCAAACAUCCCCUCGAUAGAUUCGACGUAAGGACCUUCAUGAAUUAUUUCAGAUCGUCAACAGUACGAAUACCACCGGGGAAACCGGUACGAAUAUAUUUAAGCCAGUCGUCCCCUCCAAUAGAAUUUCCAAAAACAUUGAUGGACGAGACCAGACGCCUUAUAGGUCCGCUCAAUCGUAGGCUCGUAGAAACGAGGGCGCUACAAAUUAGAUUGUUCUACCCCCCUCAAAGUUCAGACUUUUGGGACGAAUAUUGUUGGAACAAGGGGGUGUCAGUUACGCGGUUAACAGACUGGUUGAAUCUACACAAUGACCCCAACGAAACAUAACAUAGUUGUGCGGCAAUAAGAAUCGUCUCACAGAGAGGUCACACAUAAUCAAAGCGUCACCACCAUCAAUAGUUUAUGUCUCUUAACUCUAUAUUGUAUAAAUGUCGAUCUUAAGUAACAUAUUCCUUGUGUCCAUCUGUGUACUCUGUGUGAUUUAUUGGUAUUAAGGUUGUACCCAUGAAUAUAUUCAAGGAUUAUUACUCCUAUUGCACCUAAAUCAGUGCAAACUAGUACAAAUAUAUGAAAAUGGGUGUAUCAUUGUUAUUAGAACUAUGCCAAUCUUUGUAUAUUAGACGUAUAUAUCUAUCGAAAUUGUAUUCACGUGUGUGUGGGUUUUUUUUGCAAUUGUGUGUGUAUUUUCUGUAAUUGUUCAAGGUCAACCAGCACUAUGGUCACACCCAUUUAUUUAAACAGUACGUAAAAAAACAAAAAAAACAAACAACAAACAACAACAACCCAAACUGAACCAACCCAGAUUCCCACGGCACUCUACCUUAAGAGUGUGAGGACACACUCUUCGUCAGACCGGGGAUCGUAUUAUAGGCAUAAAAUAAUAGAUAAAAGAAUAGUAAUUAACAAGUCAUUAAGACACUCAUAGUAAUUAUAUAAAUAAACAAGAUGAGGGGCUAACAGAGUAAGAAAUAGGUAUAACACAUGGGAAGAUAUAGGAAGGGCAGGCGAUAUAGGAAUUGAACACAGGAGACAUACUGGGUCACUGUUAACCAGGGGUGACAGUACUAGGUCGAGGGUCGGGGUGAUAGAGCAAAACAAUAAAGGUAACAUAACAAGGGAACAUACAGGUUGCCAAAGACGAAAUAGAUUGGGAAAAGAAACGUAAGGGAAAUUGCCCUCGGAUUCAUAUAUGGUUUGGGGGGUGACAGUACAGACUCUGGAAGUCAAGACGGUCACAUUACCACAAGUCCUAAAAAGAACCUAGAGAUUAGACAACAGUGGGCUAGGACGACCUAAUGUCAGGGGAGAUAGGUGGAUGGCCAAUGACAAUGGAAAAAAUGAGUAAGGCCAUGACGUAAGUCAGGAGUAAAAAGAGAAGGAAACGGGGGUUCAGGACGGCUGGAGGAUCCCACUUGAACACUGUGGUCGCGUUCUAAUAUUCGAAAAGAAACAUACAAACCUCCAGUAUUUGGACUAGGGAUUGAAGCCUUGCGGCCGAAGUCCUGUAAUUAUCAAGUGACCAUAGAGUGGGUUGACCAACAACACUAGAGUGAAUAAAAGCUGUUGAACGAAGAUCACUCUUUGUAGUUGUUGGAGUAACUACGGUAAUAAAUCCAAGGCCCUCGGGUACUGACAUUGUACCUCUCGCUCGUCCCCGAGCGUCAGCACCAGAAACGAGGGGAUUACCGUGGUUAGGUCGAAGAAGUACUCGA